GGAUGAGAGCCGCGGUAGGACUGCUGCUGUUUCCUGCGUCGACAGCCGAGUGGUAGAUUUGGUCGGAGACCCUGACGGUGUACUAGAAAUCGCGGACAGGUGUAACGGAGAGACGAGAUGUUCAAGAAAAAGUCCUCGAAAACCAGCGUCGCCAUCACGCCGCCUAAACCCACUGCUCCUUCUAUGGAGUUGGGUGCUCUGAUUGAGAAGCUGCAGAAGAAUGCUGAUAAAGUGGAGAAGAACAUCUAUGAGACGGAGCAGAACCUCAACAAGGAUGUGAGUAAGAUCAAUGAGGGUAAGCAGCCACUGUACCAAGAGGAUACCAACAAGCGAAUCCUCAAUUCACUGGAGCUGCUCAAUGGCCUGGACAAAGACGCUGUCAAUGUCAAGCAUCUCCAGCAUCCACAAGCUGAGAUGAUUGAGCAGGAUAUGAAGCAGCUGCGCGACAGAGUGGUGAAGCUGCGAGAGGAGCAUAACAAUAUCUACCACCUGACCCGCUCUGAGAGCAUGCCCAGCAUUAACUGGGGCAAGAUUAUGGAUGAGAAACUGGACAACCUGAACAACAAAGGAUUUGGUCAGGACUUGCCCACUGUUGAGAACGAGGUUGAAGAGCACAAUAUCUUCCAUAGUGAGGUGGAGGCCCUGGCCCCGCACAUCUCUGACACCGAGGACAAGGACUACGUCAGCGGCCUCCAGCUUAAGUACAACAAGCUCAUGGCCAGCUCCAGUGCUCGUCAGCGCCACCUGCUGAGCCUACGGGACUUCAUGCAGCGUUGCACAAAUGAGUUGUACUGGAUGGACCAGCAGGCUGAGGAAAGGACCAACUAUGACUGGAGUGACAUGAACCUGGACUACCCGGCCCGCCAAAGGCAGUAUGAGAACUUCAUUAGUAAAUGUCUGGAGUCCAAGGAGGCCACCAUCACAAAGCUCAACGAUGACGGGGAGAAGCUGAUUGGUUCUGAGCAUCCCGGGAAGAAUGUCAUCGAGGCCCACAUGGAGGCAGUGCACGCAGACUGGAAGGAGUACCUCAACCUGCUCAUCUGUGAGGAGAAUCACCUCAAACAUAUGAAUGAGUACCAUAAAUACUACAAGGAGGCACGGGACACUCAGGACCUGCUGAAGAGGUUGGACACAGAAAUCAACCAGAAGUACAACCCAGAAUUCAAAGACAUGUACCAGAUAGAUGGCCUCAUCAGGGAGCUGGAUGACCAGACCAAGGCCAUGGACCACUUUGACGAGCGGGUCAAGGCCCUGCAGAAGCACAGCUUACAGGCGCUGCCUCUGAAGUAUCGUCGGGAUACACCCCAGAAACUGCUUCCCAUUGAGGCGCUGUGUGAGUUCGACACAGAUGAGGGCCAGAUUGUACGUGGGGAGCGGUACACGCUGCUUAGGAACAAUGGGACCAAGUGGGACGUGAAGGACUCGGCCGGACAUAAGAUCACUGCCCCGGCGGUCUGCUUCAUGGUCCCUCCAACGGACCCUGAAGCUGUGUCUGUCUCUGACAGCCUUGCCAACCAGCAAAAAGGUAUCAAGCAGAAGAUGGCGAGCAGCAAAGGAACUCUGGUGAAACGCCUUGAUGAGCUGAAGAAAGACAGUGGCGUUGGCACAGACAAGCAGGAGCAGCAGUGUCGCCAACUGAUGGCUGGUCUAGACAAGGUGGUGAAUGACCUGGACAAGCAGGAGAAGGUCAUUUAUGAUCGAGUGCGCCCCCCACUGGAACAGACCAGGUCACUUCAGGACAGCGCUGAUCGCCUACAAGAUCUGAAGGACAUUGCAGCAGCUGUGAAAAAAAUUGAACCAGAGAAGUCCUCCAAGGUGCAACAGUCAAAAAGUUUCUUGAGCUCCAACCCGACAAGUGCCAGUGCUCCCCAGCUCCAUGCCAAAGUGGAUGAGGCCAAUAAGAAGUACAACAAAAUUGACCUGCUGCUUAGCUGCUUUGAGGACAAACUGAAGAAUUCCAACAGCCUUGAGAACACCCUUCAAAAUUGCAAAACUUUUUUGUCCACCAACGAGAACAAAUUGGCCAGAGAGGAGGUUGCCCCAUCUGACAUCUCCUCACUGGAGAAAACUCAGCGACAGCUUGCCGAUAUUGCAUCAGACCUGAGAGCCAAAAGGUCGAUGCUAACAGAGGCAGAACAACACUUGCAGUCUACCAAAGGCAGCUGUGACAACAUGGCCACCAAGCUGCAGGAGCACUGUCCUGACAUAGAGAAGCAGGAAAAUGAAAUUCAGAAGCUCAACAAGCGCUAUAACAAUCUGAACAGGCAGCUAGACACCAGGUCUCAAAGCUUGCAGAGAGCCAAAAUGGCAUACAACAAUUACCGCAAUGAGUAUGACAAUUUGAAUAGCUGGCUCUCUCGUAUUCCAAACUAUGAGCCCCGUGAAACCGAUGACAUGAGACAAGUGGACGCCAAGCUGAAGAAUCAGAGGAACCUGCUCUCUGAUAUCGCAAGGAAAGAGACUGACUUAAAUAAUGUCUCAAAGAAUGCCCAACUUUACCAACAAGCUGUCAAAGAUUAUGAAAAUGAAACAGAGAAAUUUAAGUCUAUGCUUGAUCUUGAGGAUGGACUUGUGCCUCAGACAUACAAGAGGAGCAGACUGGAGUCACCUGCGCUGAGGGUCAAGGGAGAGGAAGCUGCUAUUGAGACCAAGUUUACUGAGGUCAGUGCUGUCAACAGGCAAAGGCUGCAGAAUCUGGAAUUCGCCCAAAGUCUUCUCAACCAGCAACAACAGAUUCCAAUGAUCCAGCCUAAAAAUGUUCAGCUUGUUCAGUCUGCUGCUGUGGGUGAAGAGCCUUGGAGAAUCAAGAAGCAACUGGAUGAAGAGAUUCAGAGGAGGGAGCAGCUUGAGAAAGAGAUAGAGACAAUCCAGACUGAAAUCUAUGUUCUGGAAGGCCAGAAACCCCAGGAUACCAUUGUCAAGAAAGAGCUGAUCAAAAAAGUCCCUGAUCCCCAGCUGGAUGAAGAAGUCCAUAAAACCCAGCAGAAGCUCUCAGAAGAGCGCCGCACUACUCGUGUCCUGGAAAAUGACCUUGAAGCACUGAAUCUGAAACUACGUGGCUUUGAGACUGAAAUGAAAGAAGGGGCACAGCAGUACACCGUGAAGGAAGUUCUGCGUAUUGAAAGAGAUCGAGGCCAGGAGGAGGAGGUCCGCAAGCUGCGGGAGGAGCUGGAAGAGCUAAGAAGGCAGAAAGUGAUUAAGGACAAUGAGCUGAUUCAGAUCCAGAAGCAGGUGACUCUUCUUGCAGAGGAGAAGAACAAGGAACAAGAGGUAAUCACUGAGGAAGAGGUAAUCAAGGUCCAGAAUGACCCCCAACUAGAAAGCGAGUACUGGGUCCUCCUUGACCGUAGGCAGAAGGAAACUGAUGGGAGGGCACAGCUAGAGGAUGAGCUGCGCUUCCUUCAGGAAAAACUACGAAGACUGGAGAAAGAAAAAGCCAUGGCACAGGAAAAAAUCUCCAUCAAGGAGGUGCUGAAAGUGGAAAAGGAUAUUGCUUUGGAGAGGGAAGUGGAAAACUUGAGGAGGCAGUUUGAGGAGGAGAAGACAAAAAGGAGGUCAUCACAGCGAGAAAAGACUGACCUCCAAAGAAAAAUUUCCAGCCUUGAGGAAGAAAAAUCCAGGGUGAUUGUUCAGGAGAAGGUGCGUGAGAUUGUUCGCCCAGAUCCUAAGGCUGAAAAUGAGGUGGCCAACCUUCGGCUAGACCUGGUAGAGCAGCAGAGGCGAUACAAAGAUUCAGAGUUUCAGCUCAGAUCCCUACAAGAUGAGUUGGCCAUGCUAAGGAACAGGGGCCCACAGGUGGAGGUCAAAGAAGUCAUCAAAGAAGUCAUCAAGUACAAGACAGAUCCCCAGACAGAGAGAGAGUUAGAAAGACUCCGCAAUGAAAUUGUAGAUAAAACCCAUCAGACUGAGAAGUCAGAGAUGGAGAUUCGCCAACUUCAUGGUGAAAUUCAAAGAUGGAAGGACACCAAACCUCAAGUACAGACUAAAGAGGUGGUCAAUGAGGUGCUGCAGUAUAGAGAAGAUCCCAAGACCAAGGAAGAGAUUGAGACUCUCAAGAGAAAACUUGCAGAUGAACAGAAGAAACGCCUUGAUCUUGAGAGAGAGCGCUCAAGCCAUGAGGAGAAAAUCAGACUAAGGAAGAUUGACCUGUCUCAAGUCAGAGAAAAAAUUGUACAGCAAGAGGUGGUAAAGAUGGAAGAGGAUCCUGUCCUGAAAUCAGACUGUAACACUUUCACACAUAACAUCAACAAUGAGCAGAAGCUGAAGGACAGUCUUAAAGUUGAGCUCCACCAGCUGCAGAAACAAAUGGCUGACCUGGACCUCCAAAUGGAAGAGACAGAGCGUGAACGUAGAGCAAGGCGGGAGGCUGAAUUGGAAAUCCAAAGGCUUCGGGUUAGACACAAUGAGCUGGAACUCCGAGACAAAGAAAACCGUGAGAAGGUGACCGUAAAACAAAAGGUAGUGUUGCAGCAGGACCCUCAACAGGAAAAGGAGCACUCAAUUCUCAGACUACAGGUAGAGGAGGAGAGGCACAAGCGUGCUUUGCUUGAAAAAGAGCUGAAUGCCCUGAUCCAACAGCAGCUUACAUUGGAGAAAAUGGAUGUAAAGGAAAGGGUUGUGCGCACUGAGAAGGUCCAAGUUGAAAAGGACCCAGAGGCUGAGCUAGAGAUAGAGAACCUUAGAAGGACUCUAGAAGAUGAGAAAAGGAGGAGGCGGGAACUAGACCAGGAGUUAGCCACCCUAACUUCCAAGCUGUCCGACAUAGAGUUCUCUAAAACUAAAUCUUCAAAGGAACUCGAUUAUAUCCGUGAUGAGAGCAACCGUCUGCAGCAGGAAAAUCACAGGCUACAGAAUGAGAUCCGCAAACUUCAGUCGGAGAUCCACAUCACCAGCAAAGAGACACGGCUAAUUACAGAGUCUUCACCCAUGGAGAGUAGCAAGAACCUGGAACUAAGGCUUGAUUCACUACAGAGGGAACUAUCGGAGCUCACGAGCAUCACAGGCCAAAAGGAUGAGGAGAUCCAGAAGCUCCAAAAGAAUCUAUCAGCUGUGAGAAUCAAGAGGGAGCAGAGAGAGAGCCAUCUUCGUAGGUCAAUCGUAGUCAUUGAUCCAGACACAGGGAAGGAGAUGCGGCCAGAGGAGGCCUACAAGCUGGGGCUAAUUGACUGGAAGAUGUUUGUCAACCUGCAAAGCCAGGAGUGUGACUGGGAGGAGACUACAGUUAAAGGGCCUAGUGGAGAAUCAUCAGUUCUUCAUGACAGAAAGUCAGGAAAGAAGUUUUCCAUUGAUGACGCCCUGCGUGUUGGGCACAUUACAGAUAAGCAGCUUCAGCAGUACCACAACAAAGAGAUCACCAUUCAAGAAUUUGGUGUCAUGGUGUCGGGCAAGACCAAGUAAAUGUAAAAAUUCUGAGAAAUCACUUCUAUUUUUCCUAGAAAGUUGAAUCACUUCAUCUGGACACAAUGUUUAUGAAACUGAUCAUUGGUUUCGGUCAUUAUGCAACUUUGCUGUUUAGAAGGGUGGGGGUAGCUGCCGUCAGUUGAGACUAACGAAGUCGCUUGGAUGAGUGAUGAAACGUUUCUCCCACUAAACAUUGUGCCCAGAUGAACUGAUUCACCUUUCUGGGAUUUCCUUACCUGGAUUAUUGAGCAUGCAUCAAGACACAUCUAUUUUUGUACCCAGUGUGAUCUGAAUAAACCUGUCUGAUGUUCUUUAUCUAAUAUUUUCUUUUGAUUUUACCAUUUCUGUGACUGCAAUGUUAACUUGGACAUAUUUUCUCUAUUCCUAAAUCUUACAUGCAUCAUAGUAUAUUUACAAGUCCAGUUUAUAACAUUUUGAUUUGCUAAACUGGUAACUAUUAAGAAACACUGGUUUAUGUGGCUUUUACUACAGUCGAGUAGCUAGUAUUUGGUAAUAUAGGAAAAGGGAAACUAUUCCUAAAAUUAUGCCUACACAUAUUCUACUGGUACCUGGGUAGAGGUAACAUUCAGUCUUUGAUAAGAUUUUGCUGCUGAAAUAUGAAACAAACAAGUACUCAAAACCAUGUUUCAUGUUUUCAUAGGGUGAUUGUAUGAGGUGUUUGAUUUUUCUAAUAUAUGAUUUCUGAUCCUAAAUAAAAUAAAAAAAGUCAAACUUG